AUGGUCCGCUCGAAACGUGAUCCCACAAUGGAUGCCGGCCGGAAUGCGGCGGACCGGCUCGAGAAGCUGCUUGACGAGGACGGAUUCAAAAAAUGGGGCUUUGUGAUCUAUCGAUGCACAUUCCAAAACAAUACUGCCUGGGAGAAUUUUAUGGCUCGCUUCGUGAGCGCCGUCCCAGAAUACCUUGAAUUUUAUAAUGGCCUUGAUCUCCUCGACACAUUCACUCCAACGGUCCUGGAAAACCCCUCCUUUGAGGGCGCGACAGUCGCUACUCUACGCGAGCACUUCAAUGAGUGGGCUAAGACUUCGUUAAAGGAGGAACAGGGUGUUGCUCAAGACUACCAAGCAUGUACCGGCCGCUACCGGUUUUUCAUUAUGGUGGAUCAGGAAGCUAUGGAUUCGGUUUUGAGCGCCCCCGAAGAUGAAGAUGAGGCAGCAUUUGUUCGUGUGGUUUAUGCCGAAUGGAAACCAGAGAUGCCUGCUGAAGAAGACAUUGCGAAUGGCGAUGUGUCUGAGCCAGAGGAGCCUAUUGAGGGGUGUACCCAGAACGAUGUGGGUUGGAUGAAAAUGUGCUGGCGUUGGGUAGAGCUGCCAGGGUUUCAUAAGAUGCGGGAUCGGGAUGACUGGGAAGCGUACUACGUUCGGCCCCCAGAUAUUGGAGACAUUCCCUGA